UGACUGAUAGUCCACAUUCUCCCUCGUUUUCUUUCUCUGUCUCGCGCUCGAUUCAUUGACGGUUCGUCCGGCUCGUCGUUGCGGCGGCGCCCUUUGUCGCGGCUCAGCCCUCGGAAACGAGAAAAAUACGGCCAUCAGCUCGCCAGAACGCGACUUUUCCAUCAGCGACUCAUCGCCUCGCAGCUGGGCUUGUGCAAUCGAAGCGGCUUCUGCUACCGUCCAUAUCCUUUUCAUCGCAUAUGCGCGCUUUCGCCUGCGAUUCUUGAUCUGUUGUUCGUGGCCGGUACUGAAUCGCGCCCAUCUCGAGUCCCUCUUUCGCGAAGCAUCCACUUCACCACAGCAAAGGCAGCAUCCCACUACAAGGGGGUAGCUCGCAGCAUCAGUCACUUCCUCCGAAUACCGCGACACACGGACGCCCACCAUGUCGUUCGGCGGAUUUGGGGGCUUCGGCUCCAACAACCAGCAGCAGUCGACGGGCGGAUUCGGUGGCUUUGGGGCCAACAAUAACACCACCUCGUCAGGCUUCGGCUCCAACACCGGCGGAGGCUUCGGCACGAAUACCAACACCGGCGGCGGCAUGUUUGGCAGCAACACCAAUACCACGGGCGGCUUUGGCUCGACAGCCGGCGGGUUUGGGUCCAACACGGGCGGCUUUGGCAGCAAGCCUGCCUUCGGGUCGACAGCUACUACUACUCCUGCUUCAGGUGGUCUCUUCGGAGCCUCCAGCACCCCUAGCAGCACCGGUACGGGCUUUGGUGGUUUUGGGUCAAACACCAACACUACUGCUACCCCCUCUGCUUUUGGCAGUAACACCACUGGCGGGGGCCUAUUCGGGAAUGCUAAUAAACCAGCAGGCGGUUUCGGAACUGCGAACACGGGCUCGUCUCUCUUUGGCGGCGGCUCCAACACCACCACUACGGGCACGGGCUUUGGCAACUUUGGAUCGACAAAUACCCUGGGGGGCGGCGCCAGUGGCGAUCCUCCCGGCACGGCUGUCACUCCGUUCCAGGCCUUCACCGAGAAAGAGCCCAACAGCAGCACCAAUCAGUCGAAUGCCUUCCAGAACAUCCUGUUCCAAGACCCCUAUAAGAAGUGGUCUGCUGAUGAGCUGAGAUUGGCCGACUACGUCCAGGGGAGGCGACACGGCAACCCCAGCGGCGCUGGCGCGUUUGGAGUGAGCUCAGGUUUCGGCGGCGGCUUUGGCGCAGCCAACCAGACGAGCACACCUGCGACUGGUGGUUUUGGAGCGACAAACACCACAGGUGGACUGUUCGGAUCCAACACCAACACCAACACCGCAACCUCUGGAUUCGGCGGCGGCUUUGGUGCAAACACCGCUGCUAGCAACACUGGUGGUGGCCUCUUUGGCAACGCCAACAAGCCAAGCGGAGGACUCUUUGGGAACACCACCCAGCAGAACCAAACCGGUGGUCUGUUUGGAAGCGGCACCACCAAUACCGCCACGUCUGGCUUUGGCUCGACAAACACCGCUGGUGGUGGGCUCUUUGGCUCGGCGAAUACCGCUGCGUCCAACACCGGCGGCGGCUUGUUCGGCAGCAACACUCAGAACAAACCCGCAGGCACUGGGUUCAGCUUCGGGAACAACCCAAGCACGACAUCGACAGGCUUCGGAGGAGCCACCACCAACGCUUUCGGCUCUGGCACCAAUACCACUGGUGGUGGGCUCUUUGGCAACGCCAACACCAGCGCACAGCCAAGUGGAGGUCUCUUUGGGAACACCGCUCAGCAGCAGCAGGCUCCCUCGGGAGGACUGUUUGGCCAGGCUCAGACCCAGCAAUCUGGAGGAUUGUUUGGAAACGCUCAGCAGAAACCAGCCACGGGUGGACUCUUCGGCUCGACGCCCGCUGCCACCAACACCGGCGGCGGCCUCUUCGGCGGCACUCAGCAGCAGGGAUCGACGGGCCUGGGUGGCACAAACACCAACACCGGAGGCCUUUUUGGAGCCAAGCCAGCUACGGGUGGCGGCCUCUUUGGAGGGACCACCGCUGGGCAAGGCAACACUGGCGGAACAGGCCUCUUCGGAGGUGCUGGCACCACAGCUCAGACUCAACAAGCUGGGGGUACAGGCCUUUUUGGGUCAGCAGCGAACCAGCAGAAGCCCGGGGGCCUCUUUGGAUCGACCCCGGCGGCUUCAGGUGGAGGACUCUUUGGUAACACUGCAACGGGAACUCAGGGCGGCAUUUUCGGCAACGCUGGUGGCCAGCAGCAGCAGCAGGGGCUUGGCCUCGGUGGCUCUCUGCUGGGGGCCUCUCAGCAAGUGAGCAACGCGCCCCAGGGACUGACUGCGAACCUCAACGACGUCUCUGCCUACGGCUCGCCGUCCCUGUUUUCUGGAGUUAGUGGAGGCGAGGUCCCGAAUCCAGGUCCGCUCGCUGUUCCCCUGAGCGGACAGCCGAAGCCCAAGCGGCCGUCAAUCUUCCCCAUGUACAAGUUCACCCCCGCGGCGUCAGGCCGCUUCGGCACUCCUCAGAAGAGGGGCUUUGGCUUUUCCUACAGCAACUAUGGGACUCCUGGAGGAGCAAGCCCUGCAGGACUCUCUGGCACUCCCAACACUCUGGGUCGUAGCUUGCUCGGCGGCACCGGCAGCGGAACCUCCCUUACCAAGAGCGUGUCUUCGAACAGCCUGCGCCGCACUGUCAAUGUCGACGACAGCAUUCUUCUGCCCGGUGCCUUUUCAAACACGAAUAACACGCGCUGGUAUGGAAACUCGGGCUCGAAGAAGCUGGUUAUUAACCGCGAACUGAGGAGCGACCUCUUCUCCACGCCGCAAAGGGACAGGCAGAAUGGCGAUAAUGGAACCGGCCCGCGAAAGCUGUCUAAGCGGGUCAGCUUCGAUACCAACGUGGACGGCGAGGACUCUCCUCCUGUUCGGGCGGCUCUGCCAGCCCCUGGAGAUGUGCCCGAGACCCCCAGCGAUGAGACUCCUCGAUCCGACAAGGCGACGCCCGUUUCGAACGGGCUCCGAACUCCCGACAUGGAGCAAGUCAAGGGCAAGGAUAAGGAAUUGGCCAUCGUCCAGGAGGAAGAGACUGGCACUCCCGAGCCCCCGGCCAACGGAUUUGACAAUGCGCCCGGGAAGUACUGGAUGGAGCCCACGCGGGAAGAAAUCCAGAACAUGAAUAGAGUUCAGCGCCAGCGGGUUGACAACUUUACUGUUGGCCGAGAGAACGUCGGUUCCAUUACCUUCAAGGUCCCGGUCGACCUCAGUGGCAUUGAUCUGGAUGAGCUCUGCGGCGGUAUCAUCCAGCUGGAGCCUCGGUCCGCGACGGUCUAUCCCAUUGCGGCGAAGAAGCCGCCUGUCGGCAAGGGUCUCAAUGUGCCUGCUAGAAUCUCACUGGAGCAGUCCUGGCCUCGUGGUGGCCGAGACAAGAGGAUCGCCAACGACCCGAAGCGCUUCAACAAGCACAUUGAGCGGCUCAAGCGCAUUGUCGAUACCACUUUCGAAAGCUACGAUCCCGAGACUGGCGUCUGGACCUUCUCAGUCGAGCACUUCACGACCUACGGACUGGACGACUCUGACGACGAGACCGAGUUUGACACGACUCUCGACCUUCCUGCUGCCGCCCCAUUGUCGAACAUCGCACCGUCGGCAGCAUUCCACGCACCAGCGUCGUCGCAAGGUGACGAUGUGAUGGUGUUCUCUCAAUCGCACAUGCUGCCGGGGGCGUUCGACGAGGAGGAAGGAAUGUUUACGACUGAGCAGACUGGACAGCAGUCUUUUUUAGGGGUUAGCUCCGCGGACUCUGCCACACAUGAUGUCAAGCUGUCGCUGGAAAACGAGAUGACCGGCGACGACAUCGCAGAGUAUGAUAUGUCCGAGGAUGAAGACAUGACGAGGUCUUCCAUCGGACAGCAUCUCGCCGCGGAGCAUGACGAUGCCUCGUCCGAGGGUGGCCAGGAUACCAAGCGGUUGACCGCAACUCCUGGUGGCAUCCUCAGAGCCAGAAUGAGAGCCAUCAAGGACUCGGCUGGCCCCGUCAAACUGGAAGUCGCAGACGGUGACGAUUGGAUGGAGAUGUUGAGGAAGACGGUCAGCCCCAUGAAGCGGGACCGCUACCUGCUGAGAGAGCUGGCUGAGUCUCCCUAUAAGCAGGGGGGAAAGACGGUUUCGUUUGAUCUCGGCGAUGAGGCGGACUUUCGGAAGUCGUCCAUCUGGGGCAAAAGCUUGACCCGGUCUGACAGGAAAGAUGGAGCUGCGAUGAGUGCCCAGAUUGGUAUGGAUCAAGGCCAUGGAUUUGCCACGAGUAUCGACCUGAUGAACUCCUUGUUUGAGAAGCCGAAGCCGAAGCCGGCGCGCCGGGAGUUGAACGCUUCUCCAUCUGCCAAAGGUCUUCCCAAGUCCCCCUACGAACGUCAGGCUAAGGUCGUCACCCCCGAAGAUAACGAGCUAGCGGCUCCGUCAAGGCCAACUUGGGGGCCGGACGAGACCCUUGUCUUGGUUCGAUCGCUUGACGGCUCACAUUCGCGUCGGUCUAUACGCGACAUGACGGAUAUCCUUACGUUUCAGCGAUCCAGUAUACAAACCGAUGAACAGGAGAUUCGUCUUGCUACGUUCGCUGCUGAGCCAUCCAAGAAGUAUCUGCAAUCCCAGGAUGUCGUAACCGAGAUUCGCCUUGUUGAAGGAGUGCCCCAGGCCACCCUGCAUGUCACAAGCCUCAAGAGCCUGUACCAUCACAAGAGUACGAACGACGCGGCCAGCAUCCACGAGAAGCAGGUCUGGGAGCUUGCCAGCAUCUUGUUCGACGACCUGGACAACCUUGGCUCGACUGACGAGGAGUAUUUGGUGCGCCGGAACAAGCUGUCUCAGUUCUGGUCCGACUUGGUGGAACAGGCUUCAUCCACGGCCGUCGGAUUGGCGGCCACCAGCGAAGAGAAGGCGCUCGCAUGCCUCGCUGGUCACCGGAUUCCCGAGGCCUGUAAGCAUCUCCUGGAUGGCAAAAACUUCCGCCUUGCCACUCUGCUCCCCAUGAUCGGCACUAGCGAAGUCGCGAAGAGGGAAAUGAGAGAGCAGAUCAAGUCGUGGCUGGACUCCAAGAUGCUGUCCGAGUUCUCCGAGGCUAUUCGUACCAUUUACGAAUUGUUGGGUGGAAAUGUGUGUGUGUGCGAAGGUCUGAAGGGCGUGCCCAACGAGGAUCGGGUCGAUUCGUUUGUCAUCUCGAAGAAGUUUGGUCUGGACUGGAAACAAUCGUUUGGCUUGCGAUUGUGGUAUGCCAUCUCGAGUCACGAUGACUUGUCCGUCGCUGUCGACAGCUUCAAGGACGACAUCGCCCAGGAUAAGGAAGACUUACCUCGCCCUUGGUACGUUGAGCAGGGCAUCGCCCCUCUCUGGGACGACGCCAACAUCGACUCCCGCCAGGACCUCCUAUGGGGUCUGUUGCAGCUGUAUGCCGACGCCGACGCCGAUCUGGAGGCUGUUCUCCGCCCCGAGAACUCGCAGCUGUCUCCUCUUGAGGCGAGACUUCGAUGGCAGCUGGGCCUUGCCCUGACCUCGACGGGCAAGGUCUCGUACGGCGCAGACGGAAUCGAAAAGGCCGAUGCAGCUACCCUUGCAUAUGCCGCCCAGCUUACCCGAGCAGGAGAGUGGCUUGAGGCCGCCUUUGUGCUGCUGCACCUGCACCACACGGCGGCACGCAAGAAGGCUCUCCAGGAGCAUCUCUGCCAGCACGCCGACCUGAUCGGAUUCGAAUCCGAUGCCAACUUUGUCACGCUCACGGACAAGUAUCGCGUCCCGGCAGCGUGGGUCUGGGAAGCGCUCGCGCUUUACAUGCGGUGUGUCAAGAAAGAUGCCGUGGCCGAAGUGCAGUGCCUCUUGCGAGCGGGAUCGCACGUCGAGGCCCACCGCAUCUUGGUCCAGCACGUGGCUCCUCAGGCCAUCGUUGAGCGUGACUACGCCGGCCUGUCCUCUCUCAUCUCGCAGUUCCAGGACCGUCAACAAGACAUUGCAGAAUGGACUCAGGGUGGUGAGAUUUACAGCCACUUCCUCCAGCUGAUGGAGUCCCGCAGCAGAGGAGAAAGCGCAACUCCUGCCCUGCUGGACAGGCUCCUCGCUGGCUUGAACGCGAUGAAGGAUGCGGGAGUGGAGAGCAACAUUACUCGAUAUGCUGCCAUUUCCGACAUGGCGGACGAGACUGCCCGUGAGAUUGUCAAGUUGACACGGCAGAAACAGGAUAUGGAACUUCGCUCCAGAAUCUUGAGCCUUCCUCUUACCCAAGAUCGGCUGCUCGCAUACUCGGUUGACCUGAGCCUUGACCGCUACAGAGAGGUCAUGUCGCAUUAGGCAGUGGGAUUGCGAAUGAAGAACGAGCAGGAAACCAGACGGGACGAGAUGAGACGAGUAGGACCUGGAAAUACCUGCUGCGAUGGAGUGAUUUGAUCUUUAAUGUUGUUUCUGUUUCUUUUUUUCUUCUUCCUCUCUUAUCUCUUUCCUUUUGUUGCUAUACAAAGAGACGAAGGAGGGAGGAUAUGCAGACCGGUGGCGGAGGGUUGAGGUCGAACCGUGGCGUGGAA